AAACCUCCAGGGGCACGCAGUGCUCUCAGCUUUUUGGUGGAAGCCCCUCAUCGGCCUUCAGUCUGAAGGCAGGGCCCGGCAGAGGACAGAUCGCAGGGUCCCGGCCGGAGGGGCCAACCGAGAGGGAGAGGUGGGGGCGACAGACAGGAAGGAAGCAAACCAUCAAAUUUGAAAGAAAAAGCCCUUUGACUUUUUCCCCCGUCUCCCUCCCCAAUGGCUGUGUAGCAAACAUCCCCGGCGAUACCUCGGAAGGGACGAAGCUGGUCUGCAAUCGCAAUUUCGUGGGUUGAGCUCACGGUUGUGAGUGCGGGGCUCGGAGAUGGAGCCGUGGUCCUCUAGGUGGAAAACGAAACGGUGGCUCUGGGAUUUCACCAUAACAACCCUCGCCCUGACUUUCCUCUUCCAAGCUAGAGAGGUCAGAGGAGCUGCUCCAGUUGAUGUACUAAAAGCACUAGAUUUCCAUAAUUCUCCAGAGGGAAUAUCAAAAACAACGGGAUUUUGCACAAACAGAAAGAAUUCUAAAGAUUCUGAUACUGCUUACAGAGUUUCAAAACAAGCACAACUCAGUGCCCCAACAAAACAGUUAUUUUCAGGUGAAACUUUUCCAGAAGAUUUUUCAAUAUUAUUUACAGUAAAACCCAAAAAAGGGAUUCAGUCUUUCCUUUUAUCUAUAUAUAAUGAACAUGGUAUUCAGCAAAUUGGUGUCGAGGUUGGGAGAUCACCUGUUUUUCUAUUUGAAGACCACACUGGAAAACCUGCCCCAGAAGACUAUCCCCUCUUCAGAACCGUUAACAUUGCUGAUGGAAAGUGGCAUCGGGUAGCAAUCAGCGUGGAGAAGAAAACUGUGACAAUGAUUGUUGAUUGUAAGAAGAAAACCACAAAACCACUUGAUAGAAGUGAGAAAGCAAUUGUUGAUACUAAUGGAAUCACAGUUUUUGGAACAAGAAUUUUGGAUGAAGAAGUUUUUGAGAACAAACAGACCUGA